ACACAUACAGCUGUCGGGAACCAUGACACAAGAUGACCGAUACAGUGGUCGUCGAGGGACAAGUGAGACUCCGAGAAGGGAAAAAGUGGAAGAGCAGAUGGGUGGUCCUGCGAAAGCCCUCUCCGGUAGCAGACUGCCUGUGUGUGCUGGUCUAUAAAGAACGCAAUAAAGGGCAGCGGGAGAAGAGUCAGCUCACGCUGGGUGACAUCUGUGGGCUGGAGCUCCUGCAGGCUUAUGAAGGAGUGAAUUACGCCCUUACCCUGCUUUGCCUCACACAGUCCCUUACACUUGGCUUCGACAGCAGGGAAAACCUCCUGGCCUGGGACGCGCGCAUACGCUACAGCCUCGGAGACGUCUACAGGUUCAGCGUAAAUGUCCAGCCGGGCACUAAACUGGAGAGCGGUGCAGCCUCACUGCAUCUAUGUAAUAACCUGCUCGCUAUAGCCCGAGACAUCCCUCCAGCAGUGAUUGCGCACUGGAGACUGACUGACCUGAGACGUUAUGGAGCGGUGCCUAAUGGAUUUAUCUUUGAAGGAGGGACACGAUGCGGCUUUUGGACUGGUGUCUUCUUUCUGACCUGUACGGAGGGGGAACAGAUCAGCCUUCUGUUUGACUGCAUUGCUCGAGGCAGCUCUCCAAGCAGGACACCGUUUGGAUUGCGUCCCUCCUUACCAGAUCUCAGCUCUCAUGUGUCCUCUGUGGAGGAGAGGAUCACACAGGAAGCCAGCGAGCUGGAGAAACGCCUCAGCAUGCUAUCAGUGUGUAGCCGCCAGAGCAGCACAGCGUCCCACUCCAGCUCUGCAGGAGAUGCCCGCAGUAUCUCAAGCUCCUCCUCCGAGACUAGCCACUCAGAUGUCAGCCUGAGCAGUCGCCUAGCAACAUGGGCUGACCCAGUUCGAUUCCCAGUUCCUACAGAGCACUCUAUGUCUGUCUCAGGAGCGAUGGGAUCGAGGCCAUCCAGUGAGGAACAUCAUGAAGGAUUAUUCCGGCCCUCGACUAAACCACCCCGCCCUAGAGGACUUCAGGAGGCCGGGCGACAGAGCUCAACUGACAGCGGCAUCGCCACCGGGAGCCACUCAUCCUACUCCGGAAGCUUCUCAUCCUAUACAGGCAGCUUAGAUACAACGCAGGGAGAGAUUGAGGAGUUCGGCUCGGCGAUGAGCCUCACACUGAACACAAAUUCCAGCACAAACCUGACUGCAAACCCCAACACUCCAACUUCCACUUCGAACACAAACCCCAGACUUCCUCCACCGUUCCAAACAUCAAGCACAUUAGCAAGUCCCACUCCCUUACCACCAGGGCACAGACUAUGCAUUUGCCCCAUCAUUGGGGUAUCUGAAGCACGGGAUUUGGAGUACCAGGUGCCUGUUCAGCUCCUGCAGCACUAUGACACCCCUCGUAGACUCAUCCAGCCACACCCCUCCACUUCCUCCUCAACCUCUUCCUCAACCCAGAAGCCUGAGUGUGGCCCAUUAGAGCCACUAGGAAGCUCUGCUUCUCCCAAACUCACUGCACCCAUGAGGCUGAGUGGGAGCGGUGACGGAGUACUACCCCCUGGAGGCUUCACCAUGCAGCGACACAUUCUCUGUCCUCUCUGUGGAGGAUUGAAGAUGGCAGUGCCUUCUCAGCACACACGUUCCUCUCAUGUUCCUGCUGGACUGGAAAAAACAAGGCCUGAAGUGAGCAGCACUGCCGUAUCUGCAGCCCAUGAGGGUGUGAGUGUGGGCCCCUCCACAGAGGCUGAGCAGUUAAGCAGAUACGAGCUGAUGAGUGGCCAAGUCCAGCAAAAGUGUUUUUGGGAGCCUGAGGGACAUUCAUCAGCAGUUCCUACAUCUCCGAGGAGCUCCCUGGGGCUUUUUAGACACUCAUCCUUGUCUGGGAGAUCGUUAGCUCCAUCAGGUGAAUCAAGCUCUACGGUCACAGACCGGCUUCAGGGGGAAUCAAAUUACGUCAACAUCCCUGUUAGUCCCACGUCUAACCGAGAGCUACACUACAUGGAGCUGGACCUGCAGGAUGUACAGGAGCCUGGGCACACGAUCAGAGGGGCCUCCAACACUAAAUAUGCACAGAUUGACCACGUGGCGACAGAAAUGGCUCAGCGAGUGGGAGCCCAGCAUGCACAGGGUAGAGAGGAGAGACUACACGAACUGGAGCAAAGGAGACGAGGAACGCUGAACUAAACACACUGAACAAACAAUCCAUAAACUAAAAAAAAAGUACCAGCAUCUCUCAUGACAUUCACCACCACACAGGAUAUUACCUUUUACUUUCUAAACCUUUGAUUUUUAAUGUUUUUGGAUAUUCAAGUAGCGACUGCAUUAAAUGCACAUGAAAACAUUUUG